GCGAAAGAAAUUGUUUAUGCGUGAGAUACACGUGAUCUAUGAUAGAGCGCGCGUGACGUAAGAUAGUGUGGCAUUCGAAAUGCCGCCUAUGAAUCUUCUGCGAAUAAACAAAAAAAAUAAACGAACAUGAACUUUCUGACUGUCGAGUGAGAAUUGACUGAAAUUCUUGUUUUGACAACCAGAGAGUUUCGUCGUUGCGUCGCGGUGUUUGCUUUGAUAAAUCGAUAAUAGGUGAUAAUUCACUCGAAAUUUUGCCUUGAUAUCAAGAUGGGCCCAAGGGUUUUCUCAGACGAUUACGUUCUCAACUUGCAGAAGAUGGCUGUCCGGAGUCUCAAGUGGUAUUGGCUAAGCAAUUGUUGGAGGAACGAUGCGAGCAUGACAUUGAGAAGGAAGAGAAUGCUAAACUGGGUGUUUAUUGGCUGACAAAAGCCUCAGAGCAAGGAAAUUUAGAAGCCACUGAUAUUCUUAGGAAAUGUUUAACCACAGGUCGUGGCAUCACCGAACACAACUAUUAUGAUGUGAAAAAUUGUCUGGAUAUGACUCAAGAUGAGAAACUGGCUAGAAGAGCAGCCAGGGAAAUGUUUACAAGUUUGUCGAAUGGCGAGGAUUUCAUUACGACGGAGCAGUUGCAAAGGCGCAUGAGGAAUUUGUCAUCUCCGUCGACCAGUAACGCCGAUUAUUCCCAGUCAAAUAAUAUCUCCUCGAACUCCUCGCAAAAGGAGUUGGGCGACGACGACAACGAUUACUGUCCUAGAAACGGGCUUCCUGAAGAUCUUUUAAAUACGAGAGACGAAGAGCCAACGAACGGUUGGACGGAUCAUCAGAGUGAGAAAAUCACGGAGGCUGCUCUGGUCUCCGCGGCGACGAGUUACGCGCGCGGAAUGCUUCCAGUAGUGUCACACGUUCUAUGCACGGUAGAUCCCUCCGAGCUAACGCUGGACACGAUACCGCUAUUGCAGAGACCGUUCAUACAUCCGUUCGCGUCACUGAAGCGUCUCUACAGCUGGUUGAUCGAGACGUUGGGUCGAAGAGGGACGUCUAUCAGAAAGCUUCUCUUCACGUCGAAUCUACACAUUCUCCUGAUGCUUCUACUGUACUCCUUAUUAGGUACGGAGAGUCUGAUACUUUUUAUACCGAUGGCUCUCUACUACCUCUCGUUCGUGAUCAUGGUGGUGGCCACUUUCCAAAUGCUCCAGCGAAAGCGCGAGUUCAACGACUUCCGCGUGUGGUCGGGCCUGUUUCUGAGUUACUCGGGCGGCAAUCUAAAUCCCGAGGAGGCAGAAUACCAGUUCUGCCGCAACAAUUUGAAACCGUACGGCCACUUUUUCCUCGCGCUGCUGUUGAACCUGAUGAUUUAUCCUUUAAUAGCUCACCAGUGGACCCCGCAAUCCGAAUUUACGAUAAUAGCUGUCGCACUCACGCUUAUCACGCUCUUCAAUUUCAUGUGGAAGAAUUCGUCGAGGUUUCCCGAUUUAUUAGCUCUAUUCAGCUUCGGCGUGCACGUACUUGCCAAGUAUCCUUAUGAGAUGGAUAUGGUCGUGGCUCAGGGCUGGCGAUUCUUGGACAUCCGGGUGCCAACGUUCGCUUCUUACGUCGUUGGCAACGGCAUUGAGUUUUGUCUGAAUUUUCGUGCUGUAUUUUAUCUCCUGAUACCGGCGGUCUUCGCGAAAAUGGCCGCGAGAGACAGUUGGCGUGGCACAUAUCAUACUCUGAUACCGCACUGCGUCACUCUGAGCUGGUGGCAAAUAGCGAUCUUCAGUUCUCAGGGCGCAACAUGGUAUGGCCUGAUCCGAGGCGCCCUGGCACUAGUUGGCAUGGUAUUAUUUCUUCCUAUCGCUGGUAUUGCUUCAAUUAUCUUGCCGAUCGUAGCCGCUGCCAAGUACUUGUCGGAAAAUGACUUGGCAAUGAGAAUAGCAGUCACCUCCGUACUCGGAGGAAUGCCGUUUCUGGCUUCGUGGUAUCUGAGGAGAACUAGGACGCCAAGAUUUAAUUGGAUUAUUACACUUAUUCAGAUUAUUCUCAGCGUUGGCGCUGCGGCAUUCUUAUCGUGGCCUAUGAUAAUGGAAUACAAACAGGAGUCCGACAUAACAUCGUAUGAAAUUGCAUCUACUUUAACGUGGGAUCAAUAUCAGAAUCACUGUCAUCAGCCCGCAUGGGAAGAGCUGUCGAAGGCUCAGGUGCAAGUGCAAUGUGCACAGUUGGAAGGCAUACCCGUUUCGUGGGAAGGCUACGUGACAAAUAUCAGAUUGAACUCGAUAAAGAACAAUAUCGCGACCGUGCUGAAUCGGCUGCCUAACAAUAUCCGCACGAUACUCAGUUGCAUGUACGGGGAACCUUACCGGGAAAACUGUAAUUUAGGCGACGAGAAUCGUAGAAAACAAUGCAAACAACACUUCAUGAUAAUGCAGGCGAGAAAGAACAAGUGUCAUUUCGCGGCUUGGGAUCAAUACGAAUUUGAGAUAUCCGUUAAAAUGAAAAAUCCCCACGGCUUGUGGGGAAGCACCACGGAAAUAUUUCUCGUCGCAGAUCAUUCUUUUACUAAUUUCAGCCUAAACAUAUAUCCGGGUGACAAGAUCUGGUUUUCCGGUACACUUCUGAACAACGGUUUAGAAAAAGAGUCUCUUAUCGGUGGCUCUGAGCUACACAUCGAUCUAGAGGAGAUCGGAUGCCUUGCCUGCAACUCCCUUGACUUAAAGUCUUGCAAACGUUAUAGGUACCGCAUAAAUUUAAGUUCUAUUAUCAGGGAUCUUUGUCUCAGUAUAAAGACUGUACUAAACUUUUUAUUGAAUCCAAUUGUGAUGUUCAAGUAAUCGUGUUCUACAUGACUGAAAUUCUUAGAUCUCUCUAGCUUUCUAGACUUAUUAAUUAUAUGUAUAGCAGAGCAAUUUGGAUAUUACAUUAUUACUAAAAACGUUGUUCAACAUGUUUUAAAUAUAAUUUCAUUGAUAUUUUGUUCGUGUAAAUUUUGUAAAAUGAUUUAGAUCUAAACCGGUGAAAGAGAUUACAAAAGAUUCGUACGAACGAUGUGCUAAGAAAAUUUCACUUUAGAACACGACGAAUAUAUGAAUUAUGAGCAACAAUAUAUUUAUCGUAAAAUAUUAAUAAUUUCAGUAUUAAAACAUAUAUAAAUUUAUUGCUAAUGGUUUUAUGUAUAUUUUGGCGAUAAUGUGACGGAUCAUUUUAUCAUAAUGAAUUAUUAUUUUACAUGUUACGAUGCCAUGAAUAUAUUAUAUUGCGUAAUACACACAGUAUAAUCUAAACUGAAAAAAGCAACUGAAAGAAAGAACAGUUACGGGCUACGUAAAGUACGUAAGCCGGCAUUUUCUCGAUGUCUGACACACGUGUAUAUGUGUCACAGAAAUCGAAAAAUAUGAAAGUAGAAAAUAGUGCAGAUGUUUUAAUGUUACCGAUGCCUCAGGCAAUACAUUAUACAUUAGGCUCUCAUGUACAAGUCGUAAAAUUUGCUUCUAUACACAUACACACACACACACACAUAUAUAUAUAUAUAUAUUUUUUUUUUAAGAUUGAUAUAUUUUCUUAAGCAUUACUGCCAAUAAAAAAUCGAAAAAGAAGGAGAGACACGCUUGAUAUUUUUAUAUUUUGUUUAUAGAGGAUAAUUGAAGGUGGAACCUCUUUAUUCUUGUUUUACUAAGCUUUUCGCUACACUGCACCACUAUAGUGGUUUUUCGCUAAAUAUUUUUUUAUAACAAAAUGCCGCAAUAGUGACUCUUGUAUAAUUUGCAUUGAGAGCCAGUAAACAGUUUGUCAUUGCUGAGCAACAAUUUGCUCACUUGUUUGAAUAUUCUAAGUACAAAUUUCACUAAUUUAUUAGUUAUUACUUUAUACUAAUGUAGAUACGAUACAUUACACAGUGUAAAAUAACAGACGCUGAUUACGCUGUUAUUCAUUAUACGCAUGCAACGGCAAAGCUGUAUACCAAAGUGUGUAUAGCGGUAGAGCUUUUCAUAUAGUGCAGUUAUAGUGAAAGGGUUCAUAUUGUAUGUAUUGAAGACUGUACUUCUUAUUAGAUGUACAAUAUACUCAACGCUGUCGGAUGGAGAUUUGGUUAAUAUCGACGGGCGAAGGCAGUAUACAACGCGAUAUCAAUAACGACUCUUAGAUUCUUUCGUUAUCUAUUAGGUAGUAUUAUCAUUAGGUAGAAAUAUGAUAUUCAUAGAGAUGUUGUAGUACUGAUUAAACUACCUGAGUAUUAAUAUUCCCUUAAAAACAUGCUGGAUAUAAGAUUCAGUUAUCUGAAUAAUAUAACUUUUUUUUUAAAAAGAUGCUAAACUAAAUGACGCUACUAAUAUGAUUACAUUAUUCUUUUCGAAUUUAUUGUACAUAUAUUUUACAUAAAUAUGUGCUGCUUUGUUUUAUAAAGCAGUCAAGUAUGGCAUCCCCUUAAGAAGCAUGGAAAAUGUAACGUAUGAUACGAACAACAAGCCUGUGUGUCGAUGUUAAGUGUUUAAAUCUACGAACUAUUAACAAGCAUAUCUGUCUGUAUACUGAGGACAGUUUCGUCAUUGUAUCACACAAAGACAAUAGGAACCAAACAAGUAUAAUAACAAAGGGAUAAGACAAAUAUAGAUGUGCCUUGAUGUUUUCUGUUUGAAUGAUUUUAUCGUUGAUAAUAAAAGUAAUCUAUUUGUUUCCUCAAAGCAAAACAGAUGGAUUAAAUAUGUUGGUACGUCGAGUACUUGCAUUCUGAUGUGCAGAUGUAUAUUUUUGUUAUGAACAAUAUAGGUAACAAAUAUAACAAAAUCAAAAGAACAUCGUCUUAUUCCAGUAUAAGUAAAUGAUAAAUCUUGAUACACCAUGUUCCUCCUAUGGGAAAAACUAAAAAUCGUUUCUUUUGUUACGUUUAGAAUUAUAGACAUAUUUAUUUUGUAUUUGGCAACAGGAUCAUGAUACAUCAUUAUUUUUUUUAAGAUAACUUUAUAUCCAUAACAACACAUUUAUUAAAUAGUUUGGUUCCCUUCUUUUUAAUUUCCACAUAAAAGAAUUACAAUACAGAUUUAUAUAAUCGUUUUAUAUCGAAAUACGUAGUAGAAUCCCCCACAUUGCAUCCUAUGUAUUACAUACAUACGUUAUAAUAUAUUUAGUAGUCUAUUUAAUAUGGUGAAUACAUGUACUUUGUAAAUAUGUACAUGCACUUUGUAAACAAUUAUUAACUAUUAUGCAAUGUGGGAGUUUCGAGUAUAAUGUUAAUUUCCUUUAUGUACAGAUAUAAAAUCUAAUCUGUUAAUAAAGUCUUUUUCACUGUAUCUAACCUGUAUACGAAAAUAAUUAUUACCCAAUCUAAAGUAGGAGUAACUGCGCAAGAGAGAGUAGAAACUAUAUUUUGUUUAAAAGAUACGUCUGAUUAUUUUUGCCAUCUUUCGCCCCAGAAACAAUAGUAGUAUCCUUCAUAAAUAUAUACUGGACACAAGAGACACUUUCGCGUCUCUUGUUAUCAUUCCCAUCUAUUUUGUUUCUUUAACCCUUUCGUUAUGACUAAGUUGAACAUGGAGCUUUACUGUUAUAUAUACAGCUCCGUUUGUUGCUACAUAAAAUAAUGUAAACAAGCGUAUAAGUUAUAAAAAAGAAGCCAUUAGAGUAGCAUUUUUCAUUCUUAACAGUCGUUUAUAGUUGCUCGUAGCGAAAGGGUCAUAUGCUGCUUUCUACAAAUUUAUAAAAUUCUAUAUUUAAUUAAAAUUAGCCUUCUCCAUUAGUUCUUCAACCUACACAGUUAAAAAAAACUGCUAUUUUGAACGUUUGGCUUGAAAUUAACACAAAUACUACACAUGUUCUCCCAAGGCCUUUCUAAAAUACAACUAGUAAUAUGUACACGACAAUACGUUCAAGUUAACUAUGAUAUCCUCCCACCGUAUAUUUAUAUAUAUAUCGUUAUAUUCAUAAAAAUUUAUUUCGUCAAAUCCUCGUGCCAUUUGAAGAAAUAAUGACUUUGGUAACGAAUCUGUACAGACUGGAGCGUAAUUCAUCGUACAAUCGAAGAAACGUAAAAUAAGUUGGGAAUAUAAAAUCUUUCUAAUUGACCAAUAUUCCUUCCAACUAGUUUGUUAAUUAUUUUUACAUUUUUCGAUUCUACUAUGUUCCGUUCUCUUAUAAUAUCAAGUAAAUGUAUAUUAAAAAUAAUCACUGGCACUACGAUUUAACGUAUAAAUGUAGCAACAUUCCGUAAAUUUACGCGAUUUGUUAGAAUGUUUGCACACACACGGAUCGGCGUAAAACUAGCAUCACACAAUGCACGAUUUCAUGUUGUCUGAACAUGUACGCAGCUCGGCUCACUAUAUAAAUCUCCCAAUGUACAGUAAUAAUCCAUGCAGUGGCUGGCUAUGGUGUGUCGGUGUAUGUCAGAAGGCAAGAAAUGCCACGUAUGACGCUAGUUUAAUAGUUUUAUCACAUAAAUUUAUACCAUUUCAACGCAGUAUGAAUUUUUGAUGUAAACUUGUAGAAUUGUAAAAAAAAAAACAGGUGUGAAACAACAGG